GUGCCCUCAAUUUCUAUUAAUAUCAUCUUGGCUUUUACUGCCGCCCUCCUAGGCAUACUAAUAUUUCGCUCCCAUAUAAUGUCAUCCCUACUAUGCUUAGAAGGUAUAAUAUUAUCAAUAUUUAUUCUAAGCACCCUAAUUAUCCUAAAUAUACAAUUCACAAUAUCCUUCAUUAUGCCCAUUUUACUGUUAGUUUUUGCAGCUUGUGAAGCUGCUAUCGGUCUGGCCUUAUUAGUUACAGUAUCAAAUAUCUAUGGCCUAGACCAUAUCCAAAAUCUUAAUCUCCUUCAAUGCUAA